CGGCUCUCUCCGGUUCCAAGGCGGAGAGAUGCGCACACCGAGGCCGCCGCAGUACAGCAGACGCGCGCAGCUCCAAGCCGGUAGCUUCGCACCGCCGCCUCAACCCCCCGCGCACCCGCACCCGCACCCGUCCUCCACCCUCCACCCUUCUCCCAGCGCCAUGGGUCACAGGGAAUACGGCUAACUCUGACACACUUUUGCAUGCCACGGGGGGGGGUGGAAAUGCCCACGCGUCGUCCCGGAGCUCCGGGUUGCUCCCGAGCGGCUGAAUUGAGAACACAAUAACACCGAGACUUUUGAGAGAAGCAGGUUGGGAGGCGAGGAGGAGGCGGAGGAGGAGGAGGAGGCGGAGGACCACGACCCAAAUCCAGUCAUUUCCAUCCCGGCUCCUUCUCCCGCUUUGGGCUUUGAGAGAUGAUCACGGAGCUGGUGUGCACCGCCGUGGCAGUGGGUCUCUAUCUGAACACGCUGGACGCAGAUUUCUGCUACGAUGACAGCCGAGCCAUUAAGACCAACCAGGACCUUCUCCCCGAGACGCCGUGGACCAACAUCCUGUUUGAUGACUUCUGGGGCACCCUGCUCACUCACAGCGGCAGCCACAAGUCCUACCGUCCGCUCUGCACCCUGUCCUUCCGCCUCAACCACGCCCUGCACGCCCUGCGCCCGUGGGGCUACCACCUGCUCAACGUGCUGCUGCACGGGCUGGUCACCGCCGCCUUCACGGCCUUCAGCCGCCCGCUGCUCGGCGGGGCGCCGUGGAGCCUGCUGGCGGGCCUGCUGUUCGCCUCUCACCCGGUCCACACCGAGGCGGUCGCCGGCGUGGUCGGGAGGGCGGACGUCGGCGCCGCGCUGUUCUUUUUGCUGUCUCUUCUCUGCUACGCGAGGCACUGUGGAUCUCGUGCCCAGGACGGGCGAUGCGGCGGCGGUGGCGGACGCUGCUGGGGCUGGAUGCUGGCCAGCCUGUGGUGCGCGGCGGCCAGCAUGCUGUGGAAGGAGCAGGGGGUGACGGUGCUGGCCGUGUCGGCCGUGUACGACCUCUUCGUGUUCCAGAGACUGCGGUUGCGCCGGGCGCUUCUCCUCCUGAUCGGAAAGAAAAAGAACACGAGUGUUUUGCUGAGUCUCUGCGUGCUGGCUUCCUGGGGAGUGAUCCUGCUGUCCGCUCGCCUUUACUGGAUGGGCAACACGCCUCCCAACUUCUCCAACUCUGACAACCCGGCGGCCGACUCGCCGCAUUUCCUCACCCGAACGCUGACGUUCCUCCACCUGCCGGUCGCCAACGCCUGGCUGCUGCUCUGCCCCGACAGGCUCAGUUUCGAUUGGUCCAUGGACGCCGUGCCCUUGGUCAGGUCCUUGGCCGACUGGAGGAACCUUCACGCUGCGGCCUUUUACGGUGGGUUGGUCCUCCUGAGUUUGUUUGGCCUCCGGGGCCCUACGACCACAUCCAGGGAGGCCAAUGGGAAAGCCUGCGUCGCUAAUGGGAAAUCCAUCGCCAAUGGGAAUGGUUACCAUGCCCCUGACACAAACCACAACACAGACCAGGGCCCACCGAAGACCACCCUUAACGGGUCAGCUGGAGUCCACCACUGGCCUCCACAGGCGUCCGUGCCCCCUACAGAAAACCUCGUGCUACUAUCAUUAGCGAUCGUCUCAUUGCCUUUCAUCCCGGCCACCAACCUGUUCUUCUACGUAGGUUUCGUUAUUGCCGAGAGGGUUCUAUACAUCCCAAGUAUCGGCUUUUGUCUAUUGGUUGCUGCUGGCGCAAGAAACGUGUACGUCAGACUGAGGACUAAAGGCUGCAAGGCCUUAAUGUUGUGCCUCUGCGCCGGACUAGUGCUGCUGAAUGGACUCCGAACGGUUCAAAGAAACAGGGACUGGAGCAACGAGGAGAAUCUCUACAGGUCUGGGAUUAGUGUGAAUCCUGCUAAAGCCUGGGGCAACCUGGGGAACGUACUGAAGAACCAGGGCAACAUGGCGGAGGCGGAGCAGGCGUACAGAAACGCUCUGCACCACCGAGGGAACAUGGCCGACAUGCUGUACAACCUCGGCUUGCUGCUGCAGGAGAACGAGCGUUUUUCUGAAGCCCUGCAUUAUUACAAACUGGCCAUCGGGAGUCGGCCAACGCUGGCAUCGGCCUACUUGAACACGGGGAUCAUCCUGAUGAACCAGGGCGACCUGGAGGACGCAAAACGCACCUUUCUUACUUGUGCCGACAUUCCUGAUGAGAACUUGAAGGACCCCCACGCCCACAAGAGCUCUGUCACCAGCUGCCUGUACAACCUGGGGAAACUGCUCCACGAACAGGGCCGGCAGGAGGAGGCGCUGUCUGUUUACAAGGAGGCGGUGCAGAAAAUGCCCAGACAGUUUGCGCCGCACAGCCUUUUCAACAUGAUGGGAGAGGCCUACAUGAGGCUGAACCGGCUGGAGGAAGCCAGUCACUGGUACAAAGAGUCCCUGAGGGCCAAGCCCGACCACAUCCCGGCACACCUUACUUACGGCAAACUCCUGUCCAUCCUGGGGCAGAAGACCAAAGCGGAGGAGUACUACCUGAGAGCUAUUCAAAUAGACCCAACUAAAGGAAACUGCUACAUGCACUACGGCCAGUUCCUGCUGGAACAGUCCCGUCUGGCCGAAGCGGCGGAGAUGGCGGAGAGAGCUGCAGAGCUGGACGGCUCGGAGUUCGACGUGGUCUUCAGUGCCGCUCACAUGCUCAGACAGGCCAGUCUUAAUGAGGCAGCAGAGAGGCGCUAUGAGCGCGCAGCCAGCCUCAGACCAGAUUACCCGGCUGCUCUGAUGAACCUCGGUGCCAUCCUCCACCUCAAUGGGAAGCUUCCCCAAGCGGAGGCCAACUAUCUGCGCGCGCUUCAGCUCAAACCCGAUGACGUCAUUACCCAGUCCAACCUGCGGAAGCUGUGGAACAUCAUGGAGAGGCAGGGACUCAGGGUCCAAGCACGGGCUCAGGAUGCGGAGAAGCGGCCUUUGAGCUGAGGGAUCUGCUGCCGCCGCCGCUUCUUCGUUGCCUUGGUGAUGUGUCCUGCAGAGAGGGAAGCAGGACAGGAUGAGAAAGAGCUGGAGGCCAGAAGCUCUCUCUCUCUCUCUCUCUCUCUCUCUCCUCCAGGACAACAGAGACUUGUCCUUAAGAGAUGUGGCCUGGGAUGCCUGUGGAAGACAUUUCGAGGCUCGGCCUGUAAGAGCUCCGCCCGGUAAUUAGUCACCUGCGGCGCCGUACGGCGGCUCCAGCGACUGAUGUUACCUUUUGUUAUUGAAUUUUAUAAAGCAAUGCUCAACGUCUUUAAAAGAUGCACUGAAAUCAAAAGGCCAAUGAUCGCAAAGUUCAGAA